AUGGGUUCAGACCCAGUCAAGCUAUGCUUUGUUACUGUGGGAGCCACCGCAUCAUUCGAGAGGCUCAUCCAAGAAGUACUGAAUGAAGCUUUCUUCCGGACACUAGCGAGCAACAACUUCACACACUUAACUAUACAGUACGGCAAGGAUACAAAGGCUCUUGUUGACGAGUUACUUGGCAGGGAUCCCGACGACAGCCCAGAUCGUCAUGGCAUUAUCUUGCAUACAUUUGAUUUCGCUCCCGACUUAUCUCAUUAUAUGGGCAUGACCAUGGAAAGACCGCCUCAGGGCAUGGAACAUCUACCUGUCAUACAAAAACAAAAACUUGGGCUUAUUGUUACUCACGCUGGAACUGGCUCAAUCUUGGAGGCCCUUCGCUGUGGCGUACCGACUAUCGUUGUUCCCAAUCCUGAUCUUGCAGAUAAUCACCAAGAAGAAUUGGCUUUGAUGAUCCAGAAACUUCAGUACGGUGUUAUGGCUCACGUUGGCGAUGUCAUUCAAGGUGUGAAAGAUAUUAACAAACUCAUCGUCGAUAAGCUAGACUCUCGAAGACGCGAUUUGGAUGAGGCGCAGGUUCGCCCAGCCCUGUCCGAUCAGCUCUCAUUCGUGGACUAG